CUUCUUUUAUCUUAUUAGUCAUUUAUUCUUUAUUUCUUUCUUUAUAUUAUAUAUACAUAUACAUAUAUAUAUUUAUUUAUUUAGAGAAUAAAGAAAAAUGAGUGCAGGAACACGUCAAAAUCAAUCAAGAUAUUGGUGCCAUGUAUGUAAUGAAGAAGUGCCCAUUUAUAUGGCACCAGACCCAACUUGUCAACGAUGUAAUGAACAGUUUAUUGAAGAACUCAACAAUGAAGAUGAUCCUCGAGAAUUUCUUGUAGGGGCUGAUAAUACAACAAAUGAAGAAAAUAGAGGUGGACAAACUAUUCACUUUGGAGAUGGUAUUGGCUCAGCACAUUUUUUUACUUACUCACCUUCUACGGGUAGACUUAAUAAUCUAAAUAAUAAUAAUAAUAAUAAUAAUAAUAAUAAUAAUACUACGAAUGGAGGUGAAGUUGGAGAUGAUAUAUUUCAGUUCUUUACACCACCAAGGCCUCGUUCAUCUUCUACUGAUGAAGACAAUAACACGAAUAGAAAUACCAAUAAUCCACUAGGAAAUUUGGUUCAAAAUGUAUUAAAUAGUAUGUUGGGUUCAGCAAAUAUCGAUAUUACACCAGAACAAAAUCAAAAUGAAGAUCCAAAUCGACCUAUCAUUUUCUUUGGCAAUAUGGUAGAUGGAAAUAUGCGUUUCCAACCUAUGCCAGGUGGUAUGCCUACUACUACCAAUAAUAACACCAACACGAAUGAAGAAGGAGGAAAUAAUAAUAAUAAUAAUAAUAAUAAUGAAAGAAAUGAAGAAAAUAGAGGAAAUAACAUUGCAAGGUAAAUGAAUAUAUAGCAUGAGUAUACAUAUACAUAUACAUUUACAUACACAUAUACAUAUAUCCAUAGUAUAUUGCAAUUGUUAUCAGCUAUGACGGGUGGAGCUAUUGAUGGUGGAUUAGUGGGUAAUCCAAAUGAUUAUGUAUUUUCACAGACUGCCUUGGACAAUAUUAUUACCCAAUUAAUGGAACAAACUGGAGGGUAAUAAAAUUGGUAUUUCUAAUCUAUAAAUACAUGUUGUAAUAAUGUAAUGUAUUAUUAUUAGAGC